AUGAUGAAAACCAAAGAGGAGGAGGAGAAAACAAUUUCUCCUUCAAAGAUUGGAUGUUACAUGCCUGAAGAUUUGAUCACUGAAAUGCUAUUGCGAUUGCCGGUAAAAUCACCUGUACGAUUCAAAUCGGUAUGCAAAGAUUGGAGUUCGAUCAUCUCAAACCCUUCCUUUACCAAAACACAAUUUCACCUCUCAUCAAGGUACUAUCUUUCAUUAUCCCAUCUUAUUAUUCGAGACGAUAAUUCUAUGUUCAUACUUAAUCUCGAUCUCAAUGAUAUCCCAUAUAAGAAAACUAAUCAACAUAUAAAAGGCAAAUUUGUACCAUUGUCUUCUAAUUUUAUUAAGAAAACAACCUUGUUAGAUAAGGGUGUACGAUAUAUAGAUGUUAACGCAUCGUGUAAUGGAAUACUAUACGUCUGUAUUGGCAAAACCCUCUAUCUUUGGAAUCCCACCAUCGACGAGUAUCGGAUCAUCCCACCACCACCUAAUUUUAAGUUUCCAAUUUUAUUUUCCGGGUUUGGCUAUGCUUCUACAAUCGACGACUACAAACUCGUGUUUGUUACUAGGUCCAAGUCCGCACAACAAUUUUGCACAUUGGUUUAUGUAUACUCGACAAGACUUAAUAAGUGGAGAAAUAUAGACACUGAUUUUUUUUCGAUGUGUGAGAUCAAGAUUAAUACGGAGUGUGACUAUAACAGAAGUGCGGAGGCAAUUAUAUCCAAUGAUGCGUUACAUUGGACAUUAGAGAUUAAGAGAUGUGAAUGUCACUAUAUAGACUAUUUUGAUACAAUUGAUCACAACAGAGAUAAUAAGGUAAAUUUUAUAUUUAAAUUUGAUAUGGUGAAUGAAGUAUUUGAAAGGGUGGCUGACCUUAAGCCGAUCUAUAGCAGCAUUGAGGAGAACCAAAGGAAAAUCGCGACAAAAAUCAAUGCUACCAGUGAUGGUAGUCUUUGUGUUUACCUACAAUACAUUGGAUCAUUUGGCUGGUGUAUUGAACCAAAUCCAGGUAUUGUUGAGAUGUGGAUGAUAACCAAGUCGAAUACUCAAAAGAAGGGCAAACUUGCAGGGAGAUGGAACAACAUAGGAAGUAAAUACAAAAUAAUAAGGAUUAUGGGUAAUGGUAACGUUAUAGUCUUUGAAAAUAGGAACUACCCCAAUUCAAUGAGAAAUUUGGUUAUAUUUGAUGGACGUCAACCUAAUAAGCGUUUUUAUAUUGAAGCUACUAAUGAAUAUGGUAAGUUAUAUGAUGAUAUUAGUUGUGGUCAUCAACGCCUUCAACGUGUGGUGUUUUAUUCCGAAAGUCUCAUUAACCCUAAUCAUAUUUGA